AUGGCAUCAUCACAACGCGUUGUUAUCAUCGGCGCCGGCAUCGUGGGCACCAAUCUCGCCGACGAGCUGGUCUCGCGCGGAUGGAAGGACAUCACCGUCGUCGAGCAGGGCCCGUUGCACAUGCCGGGUGGCUCGACGUCACACGCUCCGGGCCUCGUGUUCCAAACAACCGGCUCCAAGACUAUGACGCAUCUCGCCCGUUAUACAAUCCAAAAACUGCAGUCAUUAGAGAAGGAUGGCCACGAUUGCUUCAAUCAGGUGGGCGGUCUCGAGAUCGCCACAACGCCGGCCCGGCUCGAGGAGCUCAAGAGGAAACAUGGCUACGCUACUUCGUGGGGCAUUGACGCGCGCCUUGUCAGUGCUGAGCAAUGCCUCGAUAUGUAUCCUCUUCUAAACAAAGAUCUCGUGCUCGGCGGUCUACAUAUUCCCAGCGAUGGCCUGGCACUGGCUGCUCGUGCGACGCAGUUGCUGAUUGAACGAACCAGCAAGGCUGGCGUGCGCUAUCUCGGAUCGACUCCCGUCACCGGCAUCCAACAGGUAAAUCGUCGAGUCACCGGUGUGAUCACCCCCGGCGGGAUCGUUCCCGCUGAUAUUAUCAUUUCCUGCGCCGGGUUCUGGGGCGUCGAGCUGGGUGCCAUGGUUGGGGUAUCCAUUCCCUUGCUACCACUGGCGCAUCAGUACGCGAAAACAACCGCUGUGCCGGCUCUCGCUGGCUGUGAUAUCAAUGACCUGCCAAAUGGGAAGAAUGCUAUCAGGCCAAUUUUAAGGUACCAGGACCAGGAUCUGUAUUACCGUGAACAUGGUGGACAGUACGGCAUUGGGUACUAUGGCCACAAGCCGAUGCCAGUUGUUGCUGCCUCGUUAGGCUUAACUACCGACCACGUCGAUGAGCAGAAUAUGCCCUCUCGUCUCGAGUUUACUCCCCAGGACUUUGACCCAGCCUGGAAGCUCUCUCAGGAGGUUUUACCUGCUCUACAACAAACCCAAAUAGCAGACGGGUUCAAUGGCAUCUUCUCAUUUACUCCGGACGGUGGACCCCUCAUUGGACAAGCGCCCAACCUGGAUGGCUUCUAUGUGGCUGAAGCAGUCUGGGUCACUCACUCGGCUGGUGUUGCGCGAGCCGUGGCCGAGAUCCUCACAACUGGCGGGUCUCAGAUUGAUGUCUCCGAAUGCGAGCUGUCCCGCUUCGAGGAUGUCCAGCUGAGUCGCGCCUAUGUCAACGAGACCUCACAACAAAACUUUGUAGAGGUCUAUGAUAUUAUCCACCCGCUACAGCCGAAAGAGUCACCCCGCAAUCUUCGCACUAGUCCCUUCUACGCUCGCCAACGGGAGCUUGGCGCCUUCUUUUUGGAGCUUGGAGCCUGGGAGCGCCCGUAUUGGUAUGAAGCAAACGCCGACCUGCUGAAGUGUCUUCCGGCGCAGUGGCAGCCCGUUGGCCGAGAUGCCUGGUCAGCGCGGUACUACUCGCCCAUCACCGCCGCAGAGGCCUGGAAGACACGCAACGCGGUCGCCAUGUACGACAUGACUUCUUUCCACCGGUUCGAGGUCUCAGGCCCCGGGGCGCUACACCUGCUCCAGCGGUUGACUACAAGCGAUGUUACCGCAAAGGCAGGCGCCAUGACAUAUACGCUACUCCUUAAUGAUCACGGCGGUAUUCGCAGCGAUAUUUUCGUCUCGAGACUCGACGACAACCUAUUCCAGAUCGGCGCGAACGCAGCUACCGACUUAGCUUACCUCGCUCGAGAGGCCCGCUACCAGAGCCAGCACAGUCCUAGUCAAUGGGCCCAGGUGCGAGACAUUACCGGCAGCACCUGCUGCAUCGGGCUGUGGGGGCCUCGUGCUCGAGAUGUAAUCAAUGCUGUCAGUACGGACGACUUUUCCAGCAAAGGACUGCCAUACUUCAGCGUCAAGCGAGCAACCAUCUCCGGUAUCCCCGUCACGGUAUUCCGGAAGUCCUAUGUCGGGGAGCUGGGCUGGGAGAUUCAAGCCACUGCAGAAUACGGCCAGCAGCUGUGGGACAAAAUCUAUAAAGCAGGCAAACCACACGGACUCAUCCCCGCCGGUCGCGCCGCCUUCAAUGCCCUGCGACUAGAGAAAGGCUAUCGAACCUGGGGCACAGACAUGACAACCGAGCACAGCCCAUACGAAGCCGGCGUCGGCUUUGCCGUCCAGGCGAGCAAAAAAGAAGAUUAUGUCGGGAAAGCUGCACUCCAGCACCGUGCCAAACAAACUCCCUCUCGGCGGCUGCGUUGUUUAACCGUCAACGAUGGCCGUUCCAUGGUGCUUGGGAAAGAACCUGUGUUCUACAACAACGAACCUGUCGGCUAUGUCACGAGCGCUGCUUUUGGAUAUACUGUUCGCAAGCCUGUCGCUUAUGCCUGGCUCCCUGGCAAGAUAAGCGAGGGCGAGGCGGUCGAGAUUGAGUACUUUGGGCGACGGAUUCAAGCUACUGUCACAGCUGAGCCGCUCUAUGAUCCGAACAUGAGCCGACUAUUCAAUGCCGGUCCAUCGGCUGUCCCUGAGUUACAGCAACCCUUGAGACAUCGGUUGUGA